GCGCUGUGAUUUGACACUAUCCACCAAAGAAGCCGUCCUCCUCGGCAAAACAACAGCGAUCGUUGGAUUGGUCGUUGGUUGGUUGUUGUUGGUUGUUGUUGUUGUUGUUGUUGCCGAGACUGCCAGUGAUAGCACCUGAGCAAGUGUAAAGAGACCCCUCUCCCACGCGCCCCCAGCAGCGGCACGAUGGUGUUUGGAGUGGCAACUGCGGUUGCUGCCGUCGCCCAUGACUGGCUGCUCUCGUUGAGAGCGGUCGUGUCUCCGACACAACCGCACCCGUUCAUAAGGCCGCCCGCCUCUGCACCGCCACCCAUCAAGGCAGGCACCUUCUUCGCCGUGGACACCAGCAAAGUCAACGGCGGCACCGAGGACACAACCGGCAGCGUGGAGUACAGCCCACUCGCAGCCAACCACACGGCAUCAGCGCCGGGCGAAGCGUCCUCCGCACCCACAUCGUCAGCCUCACACCACUCGUCGCCACUCAAGUAUCUCGUCUCCUCCGCGACAGCGGUGGCCUCGAACACAUAUGCGCAGAUCGCAGCGAGGCACGCGCCAACCACAGCGCCAACAGACACCGCAGCAUCGCCAUCAUCAUCAUCAUCAUCAUCGUCAGUUCACGCAGCCGGUACAAACGGCAACGGCACCCACGCCCCGGUCACCAGCAGCGACAGUGAUGCCAACGAGGCUGAUAUUGGGGAGGUGGUGAUGAUCCAGUCCAACCUGCAUCGGCCGCGGCGGUCGGAGGGCCAGGCGCCGUGCACACUCAUGAUGGUCACCGCAAACGUCGGCACCAUCUUCGAGCAGAAAGCCACGGGCGUGCAGGCGAUCCCAGACGGAGGGUGCGGACAUUUGCUGCGAUGCCCCUGCAGGAAGCCUGGCGGCAAGAAAUCCGAACAGGGCAUGGAGCACGUCAGAAACUUCCUCCGCCUGAUUCGCACCACGCCGUACAUCUCCAAGCACUUUCGCGCCAGUUUUGCUAUCCUUGACACAGACUUUGACAGCAGCGACUUCACGGCGCUGGGCAACUUUUAUCUCAUCAGCAGUCGCAUGCGCACCAAGAUCUGGGACUUUGAAGCGCGUGCGUAUCGGGCGGUGUUGGCGCACGAGUAUUUCGACUCGGAGUCGACGCCCAAGACGCCGUCCUUCCGCCGCCAGAAGUUCCCAGCACACUUCUACCCGCAGUGGACACGCAAGGGCUACUGCCAGACGCGCUGGCUCAUUGACACACAUGAGAUUGACUUUGUCAACUUGCACCUCUUCCACGACGCCUCCAACCUCGUGUCUGUACAGCCAGGUGUGGUGCACUUCAGGCAGUUUGACCUUGAGGGCGACUCACCGCACCCGACGCUGCGGGAGCUUGCCGUCAACUUUGAACCGACCUACCCAUACUCCGAGGACCCCGACGUCCACAACGAGUUCCUCACCAAGCGGUGCCCUGCGUGGUGUGAUCGCGUACUGAUGACGGAGGCGGCGCUGGAGCUGAUGGAGCCCGUGGACGAGCACGCAUACGACAUCAUUGGCCGCGACAUCUGCAUGGGCGAUCACAAGCCCGUGAAGCUGGUGGUGCGCUUCUGAGCGCCAGCCAGCAACCACCACAACCCCCAUCCUAUUCCUCCCCCAACCCCAACCCUUCACUCCACACCCAUACACACCCAUACCCACCCAUUUCAUACACGUGUUGAUUGGCGCCAGCCCUGUUGCUGGCUUGGCUGCCGUCUUUGUUGAUUAGCAUUGGUUGUUGAAUGACCUUGAACUUGCUUGGUUCCCUGCCGCUGCCUGUUUGCGCGUUGCUUCCUUUUUGCGUGUUCUCUUUUGCUCGCAUGCUUGUUUGAUGAUUGACUCUUGUUGUUUGCCCCCCUGUUCCCGCUCUGCCUGCUUGCGUUGUUGCUUGCUUGAUCGAUUGUUGUUGAGUUGCUUUUGCUUUGCUUGGUUGUUGCCGAUUGCUUCCGUCAUGGUGUGUGUGUGUGUGUGUGAGAGAGCGUAAACGGUUGCUGCGUGAA